AUGGUGACCAAUCACGAAAUAAUCGAAUUAGACGAUGAAAUUGAUCAGGGAUUAGAAGCCUCGUCCAACCCAUCGAGCCCGCGCGCCACCCGAACGGGCGCUAACGUGGCCGAAGAAAUCAUCGACAUUAUCGAGUCCGUGAAAGCCAUAGGCGAAUACAGGAGGACGCAGAGGAAGGAAUGCUCGAUCCUUGUCCGGAGGCUAAAGCUUUUCUUGCCGGUUUUGGAGGAGAUUAGGGACGUGGAUAGGCCGAUUGCCCCUGAAUCGGGAACCGUUUAUCUCAAGAGAUUGAAAAGGGCUUUUCAAUCUGCCAAGAAACUGCUCAAGUUGUGCCAUGGAGGCAGCAAGAUUUAUCUGGCGUUGGAAAGCGAGGCCAUGAUGGUUCGAUUUCAUGGCGUGUACGAAAACAUCAGCCAGGCCGUUGAAGGAAUGCCGUACGAGGAGCUCGGGAUUUCGGAUGAAGAGAAAGAACAGGUAGUCGAAUUAUUGCGAAUGCAGCUAAGAAGAGCCAAGAAAAGAACCGACACGCAGGACAUCGAGCUCACGAUGGACCUAAUGGUAGCCCUCUCCACAAACAACGAGACGAACACUAGCAUUGCCAGCGUGGAGCGGCUGGCCCACAAGCUGUCCCUGCACACGCCAAACGAGCUUGCCCAGGAGACUCUCGCUAUCCGAAAGCUCGUCAAGGAAAGGCGAGGUCUUGGGGCCGAGAGCACACAGCAAAUCAUAACCCUUCUCAACAAGUUCAAGAAGUUAGCUGGCGUGGCUGAAAACGGGAUUCUUGACGACCCGGACGUGCCCAAAUCCCUCACCAAGUGCAUGUCCAUUGCUGUCCCGAACGAGUUCUUGUGCCCCAUCACAUUGGAGAUUAUGACGGACCCGGUUAUUGUUGCCACGGGCCAGACGUACGAACGAGACAGGAUACAGCAAUGGCUGGACUCGAACCACCGGACAUGCCCCAAAACCGGCCAAAUCUUGUCCCACCUCUCGUUAACCUCGAAUUACGCUCUCAAGAACCUAAUCCUUCAAUGGUGUGAGCAGAACAAAUUCCAACUCCCGAAAAAGAAAUCCUCCGCCAGCGUCGAGGCGGCCAACUCGACUGCGGACAUCGAGAAAAUAUCGUCACUCGUGAAAAACCUCUCGUCGAGCAAGCUCGACGAGCAGAGAGAGGCCGUCAAGAAAAUCCGCCUCCUGUCCAAGGAAAGCCCCGAUAACCGAACCCUAAUCGCAAACUCCGGGGGAAUUCGGAGGCUCGUGAGCCUGCUGUCCUACCCGGACUCGAAAAUCCAGGAACACGCGGUCACGGCCCUUUUAAACCUCUCGAUCGACGAGUGCAACAAGAAGCUGAUCUCGGACAAGGAAGAAGCCAUCCCGGCUAUAAUCGAGAUCCUGCAAAAGGGAAAAGUCGGGGCCCAGGAGAAUUCGGCCGCCGCACUCUUCAGCCUCUCGAUGCUCAACGAGAACAAGGUCAAAAUCGGAACUUUGAACGGGAUUCCGCCACUUGUCGAGCUACUGAGAACGGGGACCAUCCGUGGGAAAAAGGAUGCCAUGACUGCCCUUUUCAACCUCUGUCUGAACCCGGGAAAUAAGUCGAGGGCCAUCGAGGCCGGUAUAGUCGAGCCUUUGCUAAAAAUGCUAGGUGACGAAAAAAUCGAGAUGGUGAACGAGACACUCUCGAUACUGCUGGUUCUGGCUUCGAGCCAGGAAGGGAGGAAGGAGCUCGGGAGCCUGUCGUUUAUCGAAACGCUCGUGAAUUUGAUACGGGACGGGACUCCGAAGAACAAGGAGUGCGCGACAGCUGUCCUGCUCGAGCUCGGGUCAAGAAAUAGGAAUCUGGUGCUUGCCGCCCUACAGUAUGGCGUGUACGAGAAUCUCGUGGAGGUUUCAAAGAGUGGGACCGAGCGGGGGCAGAGGAAGGCUGGCUCGUUACUGAGGGUUAUGAGUCAGGCAGAGCAAAUCCCGAGCGAGGCAUCAAUGUAG